AUGAGAGCUAUAAUCCAAACACUUGAAGGGAAUUUGUUACUUUUAAGAUCAAGGAUUGUUGACAAAUCUUCCACGAACAAAGUAGUGGAUGAGAGUAUGGUUACUGUCAAAAGACUUAGUAACGUUAACAAGGGCGCCAAAGACAUGAAUCUCGUCGGGACGAGAAGUACUACACCAAGUAGUGCUUUUGCAAAGAACAGGUGGGUCCUCUCUCCCAAGAAGACCAAGGAGAUUAAGGAAUUCCACACAAAGCUUGUAGUCGGGAUCUCUCACAAGAGAAUUGAGAAGUUCAUGUUGAAGCUUGAUCCAAACCCGGGGAGUAAUGGUGAAUGGGAGGUUCUUGAAGUUGGGAAAUGGGCCAACAUUGGAGACAGGGCCCAUCAAAGAAAACCCUCGAUUCCAGAUUGUUGGGCAAGGAGCGUUGGGAGUGCGGCGGCUACGGUAGAGAGGGUGAACAAGCUGCAUGACGGGUCCGGCGCUGAGGCUAUAACAACGGCUAAUGGUUUGGCAAAAGAACGUCGGAGAAGCCUUAGGGAGCCGAAAGGUCCCGCAGAUCUAGUAACGAUGAGGAGGCGGAGACAAGGCUCAGGUUGGAAGGAUUGGUCGCCUAUGAAAUUGAAAGCUUCACAAACUGUUUUCUUUGAUUCGCAAGGUUUGGACAGAGAGUGUAGCUUGCUCGGAGGCCACAUUUUGCCUAUGUCGGAGAAUACUGCUUCAAAGAAGAUUCAACAGCAAAGAAGAACUCGAUAG